CUUCAGGUGAAGAAUGAAGUUGGUAAAAACACUAGGCAGAUAAUAGUAAAACUGAUGCUACGUAUAUUAGCACUUUACAUUUCAUAUUUUACUAAGCUAAAAUCCAUCCAAGCUAGGUAAGAAAAUUGAUCACAUUUUCUUGUUCUAAAUUCUAAUAUAUGAUCACAAAAGGAACUAUCUUCUAAUACAAAAUGACAAAGAACUAUUUUCGUACAUAGUAUAUGAAAAAUCUAAUAAAACUUGGCAAGUUUUCAAAAGGGGAAAAAAAUGGAAUGCCAGGCAUGUUUGUCAUUUUAUUCCCUUUUUUGGCUGUUACUUUGUUCUUCCUUACCUGAUGAUCAAGACUUGGUAGGCCCUGUGGCAACAUCAGAGUCGAUUUAUACGAGGAGACACGAUAGACCAUCCCGCAGAGGACUUUUUGGCCUCGACAAAGAUUUUUCCCAAUUUUCCUCCUCACUUUCUGAGUUCCGAGUUCUGACAUCCAAGUCUCCGCUAUCCAGCCGCUUGGGUUUUCCAAUAUUUUUUUCUUUAUUAUUUUCUUUGUCUGUAAAGCGCGGCUCAAUAAUUUUAAUAGAGUAUUAGGGUUUUAGCCACUCACUUGCUUCACUCCAUUUCAAUAACGUUGCACUCCGAAAACGAAAAAAGAAAACUCUUCCCAAAAGUAGGCUCUCUUCUCUGUAUUCGUUGAAUCAUUCACUUUUUUUUUUCCUUUAAAUCCGUUAUCCUCUCUGAUUUUCAGUUCCAGUUAUUGGAUUUUAUACUUGAGUCAUACUUCUUGGUCUUUGCCAGGUCUUUUCUCGCCCACUAAUUCGCUCUAUUAGAUUUUAUCAGCGUAGUAUAGGAAUUUUGUGAGGAAUAGUAGCGGAAAGCCAGAAUGCAGGCUUGUAGCGGAGCUGCAAUGAUGGGUUCUUUGCAACAGCCCAUGAGGGUCAAUAGACCAGCAUUUCCUUUAAAAGGGUCUGGUAUUAGUGGAUUUCCGCACCAGAUUAAGCUUAACUCAGUGAAACCCUGUAGAGCUCAACUUGAAGGGAGCUUAGUCACUGGGAGGCCUCCCUCUUCUGUCCCUGUCCCUGUGCUCAAAAACAGCUUUGUGGACCUUGGCCUCAGCGAAGCUGAUCCUGAGGUUCGUGCAAUCAUUAGCAAGGAGAAGGAGAGGCAGUUUAAAAGCCUUGAGCUUAUUGCCUCGGAGAACUUUACAUCCCGUGCAGUGAUGGAGGCAGUUGGCUCAUGUCUCACAAACAAGUAUUCUGAAGGACUGCCCGGUAAAAGGUACUAUGGCGGCAAUGAGUACAUUGAUGAACUUGAAAUCCUUUGCCAGAAGAGGGCUUUGGCAGCAUUUCACUUGGAUCAAAAGAAAUGGGGCGUUAAUGUUCAACCGUUGUCUGGUUCCCCUGCUAAUUUUGAGGUUUAUACAGCAAUUCUUAAUCCACAUGAUCGAAUAAUGGGUCUGGACUUACCUCAUGGGGGACAUUUGUCACAUGGAUUCAUGACUCCUAAAAGACGAGUAUCUGGCACAUCAAUCUAUUUUGAGUCAAUGCCUUAUAGACUUGAUGAAUCUACAGGCCUUGUUGAUUAUGACAUGCUUGAGAAGACAGCUACUCUCUUUCGACCAAAACUCAUAAUUGCUGGUGCCAGUGCAUAUCCUCGAGAUUUUGACUAUCCUCGUAUGAGGAAGAUUGCAGAUGCCAUUGGUGCAUUUCUCAUGAUGGAUAUGGCUCAUAUAAGUGGACUUGUUGCUGCUUCUGUAGUUGCUGACCCCUUCGAGUAUUGUGAUAUUGUGACAACUACUACACACAAGUCUUUGAGAGGUCCAAGAGGUGGCAUGAUCUUCUUCAAGAAGGAUCCUGUUCUUGGAGUUGACUUAGAAUCUGCCAUUAACAAUGCUGUUUUUCCGGGUUUGCAGGGUGGUCCUCAUAACCACACAAUUGGUGGACUAGCAGUUUGCUUGAAACAUGCACAGUCACAAGAGUUCAAGGCUUACCAGAAUCAGGUAGUGUCUAAUUGUAGAGCUCUUGCAAGCCGAUUGGUAGAACUUGGCUAUAAACUGGUUUCUGGUGGCAGUGACAAUCACCUUGUACUUGUGGAUCUGAGGCCAUUGGGUAUUGAUGGGGCUCGGGUGGAGAAAAUACUUGACAUGGCCUCUAUCACCUUGAACAAAAAUUCAGUGCCUGGGGAUAAGAGUGCACUUGUGCCAGGUGGCAUCCGCAUUGGAUCACCUGCUAUGACCACUAGAGGAUUCACAGAAAAGGAAUUCACAGCUAUUGCUGACUUUAUCCACGAGGGUGUGCACAUAACUAUUGAUGCUAAAGGAUUAGUGUCUGGAUCAAAGCUACAAGAGUUCUUGAAGUUUGUGGCAUCUCCUGAUUUUCCUUUGACUGAUAAGGUGGCUAAUCUCCGGAGUAGAGUUGAAGCACUGACAACCCAGUUUCCCAUUCCUGGUGUAUGAAUAGUAUCGAUGCACUCUACUAAGUAAUAAUGAGAAAUUGAGAACAUCUUGAUAUCCAACACAGGUUUUAGGGAUCGAAUUUAAAUGUAUCCAUAAAGUUAUGAACGUACUUGGCGAGAAAUUGAGAACAUCAGAACAAGGUGAAAUCCAACACAGGUUUUACGGAUCAAAUUUGAAUGUAUUCAUAAUGUUAUGAAAAUUUUGAAGUGUUUGAGAUCUUGUAUUGAAAA